UUGAAAUCGUAUUGUAUCUCACAAUAGUAUUGCGACUGCGUGCCUCGGAAUGAGGUUACGUUGUUUCCUGUUUGUAACUGAAGAGAAGCCAGUUUUCAAAGUGUUGUGAUAAGAGAGAGGUACCUAAGGCAAGGUAAAAAUAGACUACAGCGUAGCUCACUGUCUAAACACUGUGAUGCCCUGUAGCCUGAGAGCAUUCAUGUCAGACAGACAACCCGUUUUGUUCAAGACGGCUGGAAUAUGAACGGUUGUCAAACUGAACUGAUAUGUCUGGUGCUGUUGUCUCUGGCCUUGUUGAUCUCUUUGUGUCUCAAUGUCAUCUUCUGCAUUAAACGAAGAUCCAUUUUGUGCAAAGACACAAAAGAGUGCUGCCACCCAGACAAUCAUGACGGAGAAAGGCCGCCACAGGAUGAAGGGCAAUAUUUUCAUAACCUUAAUCAUCAUGAGCAGCAGGAAAAUCCCCACAAUCAUCAUGAGCAACAGGAAAAUCCAAUCUACGGCAACAUCAGCACAGACAGAAGAGGUUCUGUAGAGGUUUGUUACGAGAUGAUGACCUUGCAACACACAAGAGAUCGUAUGAAGUCUUUAGAGCCUGACCUGAAUUAUGCCUCACUGGAUCUGAAGGUGGCAAAUAAAUACAAGAAGAACCAUCGCCAUCAGCAAGGCCACACUCAGGGACGAAACAAACCGCAAGAUCAGCUGCCAGUCCACCACACCCCCUCUGUGAAUGCUUUCUUGGAGGUGGAAGCAGACAUGGACGCUCACCUUCCUUCCAGAGACACAGGCACCAUGGUUUCACACAGUAGCAUCUACCUGAACAGUCAACAGAUAGCCGAAGAGACAGAGGAGAUGGAAAGAGAAUGGGGCAUAGACAUGGAGAGGGUGACUGCGGGUUGGGAAGGAAUAAGAAGGCGGGAGGAUGGUGGAAGUAGAGAAUGGAAAGGAGAGCAAGAGAGUGAGGAAAGAAAAGGACGACAAGAUAUUAGUAAUGGGAGUGUAUGUACACAGCUUUCAGAGAUAGAUGCUAUUCAGAGUGGCACGGAUCAUUUCAUCAACAGCUUUAGCCAUGAUAGUGUCCCACAAGCUUAGACAGAUAUCAUAUUAUUUCCUUGUUUCAAACUGUUCAGAACUGAAUAAGCCACCUGAAAAAAAGCCAAUAAAAUAAAACUAUGUAAUAUUCAACGAGC